GAGUCUCUUCGCGUAACUCCGCCUUCCCAGCUGGCCGGCCAUGCGCAGCGCGCGGGCGCGGACAGAGGUGGCACCCGUUUGCCGCGGCCGCGCAGACGCCCCUCGCAUCUAAUGGAGGGGUCCGGGGACGACGAGGAACCGGAUUGGCUUCUGCCGGAGCCCGGCGGCAGCCCUGGGAGAGAUUCUCUUGCUGCUGGAGGAAGAGUCCCAUCUUGCCAUGGCAAAGUGGUAUCAGCGGGAAGCUCUCUGCACCGAAUCAUUGUGCACCUUGACCUGGAUUGUUUUUAUGCGCAGGUGGAAAUGAUCUGCAAUCCUGAAUUAAGAGGCAGACCUUUAGGUGUGCAACAGAAAUACCUGAUGGUCACCUGCAAUUAUGAAGCCAGGAAUGCUGGAGUCAAAAAGUGCAUGUCUGUGAAAGAAGCCAAAGAAAAGUGUCCAGAAUUGGUGCUGGUUAAUGGAGAGGAUCUGACAAAAUACCGGGAAAUGUCUUAUAAAUUUACAGCAUUGUUGGAAGAAUUUACUCCCCUGGUGGAAAGGCUUGGAUUGGAUGAAAAUUUUGUAGACAUCACUGAGAUGGUUGAAAUAAGGCUGGAACAGUGGAAAAAAGAUGCCUUUUCUAAAAUCUCUCUCUCAGGCCAUGUAUAUAACAAUCAGACUGUCGAUUUACAUGAUCCAGUGCACAUACGAUUGGCUAUGGGGUCUCAGGUGGCAGCGGAGUUGAGAGCAGCCAUGCACAGCAGGCUGGGCCUCACGGGCUGUGCAGGAGUGGCAACUAACAAAUUACUCUCCAAGUUGGUAUCUGGGACCUUUAAACCAAACCAGCAAACUGUUCUGUUGCCGGAGGGUCGGCAGGACCUGAUGAACAGCCUUGACAACGUCAUGAAAGUGCCUGGUAUCGGUUAUAAAACAGCAAAGCGCCUUGCGACGCUGGGACUCACCACAGUGCGUGACCUCCAGACAUGCCCGGCUGCGAUCCUAGAGAGAGAGCUGGGAUCUUCGGUUGCCCAACAUAUUCAGAAGCUCAGCUGGGGAGAAGAUGAUUCCCCAGUCAGCCCAUCGGGGCUCCCUCAGUCUCUCAGUGAUGAAGACUCCUUUAGAAAGUGCUCUUCCGAAGCCGAAGUGAAAAAGAAAAUUGAAGAGCUGCUCGCUAGUCUUCUGGACAGGUUAUACAAGGAUGGAAGAAAGCCACAUACCAUAAGAUUAACAAUCCGGCAGUUUUCCCCUACCAAUAAAUGGUUUAAUCGGGAGAGCCGCCAGUGCCCCAUUCCAUCGCAUGUGGUGCAGAGGAUCGGAACAGGCGACUCCAAAGUCAAGACCCACCUGGUUGCUCUCCUGAUGAAACUGUUUCAUAAGAUGAUAGACGUGCAAGUUCCAUUUCAUCUGACGCUUCUGAACGUCUGCUUCUCCAGCCUCAAGGCCCCUCCUGCUUCCGCCAAGCAGUCUAUUGGGUUUUAUUUAACCCGUUCACCACCCUCUUCCAGCUGCAGCAAAGUCAUUCAUGAAACAGAAGGUAUGGGUGCAGAACGAGUAACUGCAGGAGAUAAGCUGGACUGCUGUGAAGCUUCAGCAGAGGUGAGGGAUGCUAUAAAAGGUCGACUGGAGUCCCCAGACCUCCCGAAAGAUACUGGCCUUCUUGAUUUCCCGCUUCAUUUGCUUCCUGGUGGCAUUGACUGCAACGUGUUUAACCAGCUUCCAGCAGACAUUAAGGAAGAGAUUAUUUCUAGCCAAAUGAGAGGAGGAGAUUCUGCAGCAUCUCUACAGCAACAAACAUUAUUGGUCUCGAGAGAAGGAAUGCCGGUUAAGGCACAAGACCAAACGAGCCAUGCGUCUUUGAUUCCUGGAAGCAUCCAGCAGGAUGUUAGCUCUUUGGCAUGUGGGGGCAUGGCAUCCGCCAAUGGCAAGCCACCACCAGCUGUAAACACUUGUACUCCCAGCCGCCCUCCAGUGACUGGUGAAAAUGCAUCAAUUGCCGACGCUACUGUGGGUGUUAAAAGCUCGCCCCCUGCUCCAUCUCAGCCUUCAUUUCUGCAGCUUUGUAUUCCAGAGGGGCAGAAAAACCCAGACAAAGAAGCCAACAGCGAAGGUUGGAAAGGCGGUUCAAAACUUGUCCUCCCUCCGAAUAUUGAUCCCCAAACGUUUUCCGAGCUGCCUACAGAGAUGCAGGAGGAACUGUUGUUGGAGUGGAAGGGCCAGGAGCCUGCCUCCAAGCUGGGGGCUGGCAAAACUCAAAGCAGGCUCAAAAGGGAAAAGAAAGGGCUUCCUUCAGCCCCCCACUCAAACAGUUUAUUAAGAUAUUUUAAACCCAAAUGAUCACCAAAUACACCGGGUUAUCAAUUCUAGGAUGGUGCCAUUUCUGACAGCAACUGGAGAAGAGGGCUUGUUUUGUUUUGUUUGUUUUAGUGCACCCUCA